AGGGCUCUUCUUUAUUCCUCCAGAUAUUACAACAUUUUUUCUCAAAUUAUUACACAGCAGGACCGUCGUUUCAAUUUCAAUCACCAAAUCAUUAUCUCCAAAUCGCUCGACAUCAAUUUCUAAAGGUAAGUCGUUUACAAUGUUUAAACUUGAGUUUCCGCAUAUUUUUAGUAAUAAAUUGUCGAAUUAAUAGUCGCGAUUCGUGUCUAUAUCGUCUUGUAUGCAAGAAUUUCUAUAGAUCUGUUAGAACGUAGCUUGAAAUUUGGAACAAGAAACGGGAUCUUCCGUUUGAUUUUAUCCUCAUUUCGUUUUUUUUUUUUAAAUUUCUGGGAAUGAGGGGAAUAUGGAUGUAACUUUACAGAAUUUCGUAGAAAUUUGGAACAAUUAAGGGGAUGCUACAUUCGAUUUUCCGAAAAAGCAAAAUCAUUGAAACGUAUAGGGAAGGGGUGGAAGUAGUUUUUGAAUUAUGUGGAGUUUGUGGUGGGAGUUGGAAACACAUAUUAAUUGGUUUGCCUACUCUGUGGGAAGCCUAUCCUUUGUGAGAGAUUUAGUUCUACGGUAUCGCCUCAAACACGGACGACGGGACCCUUGAUUCAAGAGUAUCUUUUGGAGGGAGCCCAAUUUCCUGUGAGAUAUCCGGUAUUUGGAGCUGUAGAGGGGCAUGUGUUCUUUGAGUUGCUUUAUAGCCUCGACAUCAGCGGUUAUAGGGAUGAGUUUUUGUCAUGGGGGAGUGCUAUCAAUAAUUCUUUCUUUGUUAGAUCUUGUUAUAAUGGACUUAUGCUGGGGAAGGGGAUGAGAUUUCCCUUGGAAGAACGUAUAGUGCGUGGAGAUUCCUUCCAAGGUUUGGUUUUUUAGGGUGGAUGGCAUCUUGAAAGCUAUCUUUACAAGUUAUAAUUUAGGCUCGAAUGACAUUGUGCUUCAAAAUUGUUGUUGUGUGUGCCAGAAGAUGGAGGAGACAAAGAACCAUCUUUUACUGCAUUGCAAAGUUGCUAGAGAUAGUUGGGGUUCCAUGCUUUCUCUAUUUGAAGUGUAAUGGGUGAUGCCUUUCUCCAUAUCUGACGUUAAUGUCCUCCGGUAAGCCCAGUAGUGCAGAUAGGCACCAACCGUAUUGAAGCCAUUGCUUACACGGCAUCAUGAAGUACUUGGAAUACACACCUCUCGAACGUAUAAAUGAUUUCUUUAGUCAUGUGAAUCUGGGAGAGCGUACCAUCAGAGGAUUCCUUGAAGCUUACUCUUGCAAACAUACAGGAACUGAUAAGAAGCUGUCACUAAGCUUGGAAAAUGAGAUUCUUGAUUAUAUUGGAAAGUCUUCAGACACCGACUCUUCCUCACCAGUUGAAUAUUUGACUAGUAGAUCCAGCCGAAAGACAUUGAUUUAUCUGAUUCUUACUCUCUAUCACAUGUAUCCGGACUAUGACUUCAGUGCAGUGAACGCUCACCAGUUUUUCACAGAGGAAAGCUGGGACAGUUUUAAGCAGAUAUUUGAUAACUACAUGUUUGAAGCAUCAAAGGAAUGGGCUGAGGCAAAUGAGUGUAGUUCUCUGCUGGAUACCUUGUACAAGGCUUUAGAUGAGGUUGUGAAACUAGCAGAAUGUGAUAUUUACAGUUACAAUCCAGAUUCUGAUGCAGAUCCAUUUCUAGAGAGAGGAGCCAUAUGGUCAUACCAUUUCUUCUUCUACAAUAGAAAACUCAAGCGUGUUGUGAGCUUCCGUUUCUGUUGUUUGAGCAACUUGGUGGGCGAGGGUUUUCUUACCGACGGCUUGUGUCAUGAGGAGGAUGGGGAAAUAUUUGAUGACAUGGAUAUGUGAAUGCUAAAGCUGUGUAUACAAUGUUUUAUAUUGUCAAUAUAUCUCACACCCAACUCUCUUGUAACUUGGGAAAUUCUGUAGUUGUAAAUUCUGUACGACAUUCGUGUUGUUAGGAAACUAGGGACUUGCUUAUUGCUCUACUUCACAGGGCAUCUUGUUGGUUAUGUAAUCAGAAUAAAUUUAGGCUUGUGGACAAAUAUGCUGUGAUUUUUGUUGUAAUGGUAUCCUUUGACUCUGUUCCUUUUACU